AUGUCUUUUUUCCCCAUGUAUUGCAGGAUUGUCUUGUCAAAACCAACAGGAAUUGGAGGUCUUGCCAAAAAGGUGUGCCUUCAUUUAUCCCAAUUUUGCUUACUGUCUCUCAUUUUCAUUUUAGAAUUAAGAUUUCUUCAAAGUCCGCUAUGUGUGUGUGAUCUUUGGUCCAACGGUAUGCCUCGGCUUGUGAAAGCAAGUAUGUUGGAUUGUCUUGUCAAAACCAACAGGAAUUGGAAAUCUUGCCAAAAGGUUUUGCAUUUAUUUAUCCCUAGUUUGUUUAAGCUGUCUCUCAUUUUCAUUUCAGAAUUAACAUUUCUUCAAAGACAGCUGUGUGUGUGUGUGCUUAUACCCAGUAAAGCAUGUAUGUUUAUGUUCUUUACAUAUAUAGUAUGUCUUUCGAAAACCAACAAAUUUGAAGUAUUGCCAAAAGGGAAUCUGGCUAUAAGAAUGACAUCUGAAGAUGCCCUUCACACAUGUUAGCAAGAAAGAAGACAAGAAAAGCUACUUGAAGCAUGAAGGAAUAAAGAUUAGGGAAUGGAAGGGGAAUCCACUAAAGGCUGAUUACUUUAAAGGGUAUACAUGUUGAAGAAUAUUGUGGUAGUCUACAUGUUAAAAGUACAACAUCAAAUUUUAGUUGUAAAAUAACAAUAACUGGGGAAAUGGCUGAUGGAACCAUGACAUAGCUUAUGGUAUAAAAUACAUAAUUGUAUUGAAUUAGGAAAACUUAGUUUCCAAAAGAAUGUCUACCUUCAUCCUGAUGUUCAUCUGAUAAUGUUGAGUCUUUGCCGGGGUUUGAGUCGCAGAAACAACUUCUCUGCUUAAG